AUGUCUUCUCCUCUUUGGAAUCCCGCUGACCGCCAGGUCCUCGACAUUGGUGGCAGCAACGUUGAUACGGCUUUUGCCAGUCAUCUUCCCGCCGCCAUUGCCGGUACGGAGUGGUUCCCGAAGGAACUCGCUUACAUCAAGGGUAUGGAAAAGUGGUGUGCAAUUGCUAAUCGCUCUUACCAGACCUCGGAUGAGCUUAGUAUCAUCCAAAUGACCGCUAAGCAGGUCGUUGAUCGGCUUCCCUCGGGGACUUGUAUCAUUGAUCUGGGGGCUGCAGACUCCUUUAAGUUUGAGCCCUAUGUUCGAGAGUUUAUCUCGCAGGACAAGGAGUGCACUUAUGUGCCGCUCGAUCUGUCUGAGGCCUCUCUCAUCCGCCACAUUGACAAUGUCAAGAAGGUUUUUCCUACCAUCAAGUGUGUCGGCCUCUGGGGAUCCUUCCAGCAGGGCGACCGCUUUUUCCAUCAGAUUCCCCAGGGGCGACUUUUUCUGUCCCUUGGAAGCAUCUUCUACAAUGCCCCUGACGAAAUGUGCGUAGAUCGUUGCGCUGAAUUCCGUCGCCAUUUGGCGGGUUCUGACCGACUGAUCGUUGGGCAGGACGCUCCUUCUGCUACUGAGAGCCACAGUUCCCAGUCGUCGUACCAGACAAAGGAGUACGAUGCUUUCUUCGUUCGCUACCUGGAGGGUAUCCAGGAUCAUGCUGGGAUCGUGGCUGAUGCGAAGUCCUCUUGGACCUACGAGUCCAACAUGGACAAGUCCAUGCAUUUCUUCAAGGUCACCGCCCUGAAGGACAUGGUCUGCGACAAGUUCGGAAACUACAAAAUCUCCGCCGGUACGUCUUACAAGAUGUUCCCGUCUUGGAAGCGUGGCGAGGCUGAGAUCCACGAGAUUACCAAGAAGGAGGGUCUCACUGUCAAGACUCUUGGCAAGGCCAAGAACUCCGGUAUGUGCCAGUACAUUAUUGGCCCUCAGUAA